UUGAAUUUUAUAACAAAAUAAAAGAACUCAAGCAUGGAGCCAAAGAAAUUUCAUGCAAAAUGGAGUCAGAAACGAAUCAUAGUCUUAUUUCUAACGACGAUCGGGAGGAGACACUAGACCCUCUGAGUCAGAUUAAGAAUGAUCUUGAAGGAUGGCGUGAAGUUUUGCUGCCUCUCAACCAGCUCCUGAAUUGGGAAAAGCCCAUCUACCCUGGCAUCAUCAUCGCCACCACAUCAUUUAUCUUUCUGUUGAUCUGGUACUUUGAGCCAUCAGUGUUGACAACGUUCUCUCUGCUGGGCCUCACACUCAGUCUCAUUGACUUCCUGGUACCCCUUGUGGGGCCUACAGUUCUAGGAAGAAGCAAGUGGACAGGCAUACAGGAGAAGCAAUAUGAGCAGAUCUGUAUCCGUAUCCACAACUUCCGCUACCAUCUCUCUGACAUGACAGGCACCAUGAUUUCCCUGAAGAACGAGAGACCUAAAGUGUAUUUCAUCCUAGUGAUGGGUUUGCUGGCGGUGUUCGCAUGGGUUGGCAGUCAAAUAGACAAUCUGCUUCUUACUUAUCUUAUGUUGAACAUAACGCUGAUGAUGCCAGGUCUGCGGAGACAGAAGGUUGUACAGGGAUACCUGAACAAGGUCGGGUCCAUCUUUAAAACCGUCGUCCUCGGAAAAUCCAAGAAGAAAUAGGCCAAGUAGCGGACUUUGAAAGACGGCUGCUGGUGCACCAUGUCCUUCGUUAUGAAUCUGCAUUUACAUCAAGCCAAGAUAACUUACAUUUUGUGCCAUAGCAUGGCCCACAUAUAAGCAUAUGUUAGAUGAUAUUAUUUUUUGAAUGAGUCAAGUUUGUUGUAUCUGUCUUGUAAUUUAAUUUAUCAAGACAAUUUUUUAUAUUCUGAAUCCGGGAUCUGAUUAAGAUAGCAAUUGAUUAUUAAAAGGAUACGUUGCAGAUUUGAUAUUAUACUUAAAUGACCUAAAUGUUCUAUUGUAAAUUUACAGAAACUUUGAAUAUUGCAAAAAAAUCUUCUUCUUUUUAUUUUUACGAACAGGAAAAGAAAUAUCAAUAUACCAUUUCCUUACAACAUUCAAUACAACAGGCAUUAGAAAUAAACAUAGUUUUAAUAAUUCGUGAAAUGGGUAUUACACCUGAGUAGAUGAAAUUGAUAUGCUUUAUGAUUUUUAAUAGUGAAAGUGUCAGUUAUUGAUCAAAAUACAAUGUGGCUUCCAUGUUUUACCAAGUUUGGUGUUUUGUCUAGUAUGAGAAAUUGACUGAAGAAUGACACUCCACAAUGUAUUACUAGUUAAUUGAAUUGGGAAAUUUUUCCUCUUACAUUCAAAAGCAGGGUUGGUAUUAAUAAAUCAUCUAAAGUUUUUUCUGAAGUCAUUUUCUGAAGUAAACUAACUGGUCAUAUGAAAUAAUGACUUAAUAAUAUUUGAAAAACUUUUAUUUUCAAUGACUGUUCUAAAGUUUGAAGCUCUUAUAAAUACCUCUUGAAUAUCUUUAAUAUGACUAUGAAAAAUUAAGGAAGUUGACUUCAGUUCAGAAAUUACAAAAGGUAUUUUAUAAAUACUGCCGAGAUAUUUAAUCCGUGUAAAAACAUGCUUAAAUCUUCUCUCUAUUAGACUAUUUUUUACUUAAAAUUGAAAAUUGAUUUGAAAAUAGAUAUAAAUCAUUCUUCAGUCAAUUAUUUUUGUUUGUUGUGCAAUAAUUCAUGUUGUGUUUUUUUUCAUAACUACAUGUAUGUAUUUGAAUAUGAAAAAUAGUAUUUUAGAAGCUGAAAACUUAUUAUACAACGCUUUUGCUUUGAGUCUAUGGUUGAAGUACUAGUUUGAUUUAGGAGGAAUACAGUCACAUGUAAUGAUGCUGAAAGCUUCCGCUAAAGCCUUACUGCCUAUGCUACAUUAGUUUGAUUUGGGAGCAAUAUAGGUUCAUGAAAUAGCGCUAAAAGCAUUCGCUUUAAUAUUUGCUAAAACUAUUUUUUGUGGACAAAAUAAAAUAUAGACAAUUUUCAUAUUUAACCUGUUAUUGUGAAAUGACAUGAUUUGAUUAGAAUAUAUUUAUUCUGAUAGCAUUAGGUCUGAUGUAGGAAAUUCACGCAAAUUAUUGGUGCUUCAAUCUUAAACACAGUGUCCAAACUUUAUGAAUGGUAUGUAUAGUGGUUAUCUAAAUUAUAAUUAUGCUGUUGUAGCUUGUACAAAAGUAUUCACUUUAUAGUAUUGUAUCUUCAGGUUUUUGCUUGGUGCUUUCAGAAAAUAAGAUGUAGUACGUUUGGACCUCAAUUUUACAAAGCUUAUAAUAAUAUACUAGCUGAAGUUCUAGGUAUUAUUUUGAAAUCAAAUUGAAACAUUUUUUUUUUUCAUUUGCGUUUAUGUGACUAAGGUGGGAAAUGUUUUUGUGAGCUUCAUUAAAAUGAGAAUUAAAUGAGAAAUCAUACAAAUCAAUUUAAAAGAAGAGUAUUUAUUACAGUAGAAAGCAAUAAUAAAGGAAGUAAUGAACAAAAUAAUGGUGAAAUGUGAAUGAAAAGAGAUAUCAAUGUAUAUCUAUUUAAAUAUUACUAUUGAAACAGACAGUAUUGAAACUAGGUUGAUGUUUUUUUCAAUUUACAGAUUUAUUUAUUUUUUUUAUCUUUUAUGCAUUUAUUUCAUAUAGAGGCAUUUAAUACUUUUCUGUCUUUGAUAAGGAAAAUAAUUUAAUUGCCUUAAAAUCAAUUACUUUUAUUGUUGUGUAGAAAACAACAGAAUAAUCUUAAGAGCAUAGAUUUGAAUAAAUGAAGACCAGAAUAAAAAGAGUCAAUAAGUGGAGUAACUGUAACUGACAGGGGUUUACCUGAGGCAUUGUGAAUUGCACUCCUGUAUUUUAGAGUGAACCAUCGACAUGAAAAGGUGUUUUAUAAAUUUAGUCCCAAAAUGCCUCCUGGGUUGAGAGGUUGUGUCCCCAUUCACUUGGAUUAUUUUGUAUCCUCUUCCUUUGGGUUUUUAAAAAACUAAUAAUUGUAUUUGAAGAACCAUUUUCAAGAAAUAUAAAUGUCAACAGUCAGUGAUAUUACAGUAAACUGAAACCUUUAGAAUUUGCAUGUAUUUAAACCCCUAUGUUAUUGAUUACCACUCCUGAUUUUAGGCUCUUGCCAUUUCGGGAAAACAGAAAUUGAUUUGUAUAUUGGUCAUACUUUGAGAAUGGCUUAAAAAACUGAAAAUCUUUAAUGAAAAUGAAUAGGCCAUCCAUAAGACUGAAAAAUCAACAACAAUAUACAGAUAUUAAUUAAGGUGUAAUUCUAUCUACAUGAACUUUUUUAAUCUGCUAGCUUGUGCCUUUCAUGCCUUCAACUUUGAAAUCCAUCAUUCCAAGAAUAUUUGAUGCAUUCAGUUGUUUUGUUUGUGUAAUGCUUGUAUAUAAGUCUGUACAUAGCUAGUGUGUAUGUAUUUAUUAAAGAAUACGCUUUAAGUUAGAGAUUAUUUUUUUUAUGUUUUAUGUUGUUUUUUUGGUUUUUAUGUGUGUUUGCAAUUGGAUUUCAUACAUGUGUAUUUCUAUAUCAGUUUUUCAUCUGCAUGCAGGGGUUCUAUAGUUCAGGAUUAAUCAGGAAAUCAGAAUUGAGAACUCUUAAUUUCAGACUUUUGUACAGUUGAAAAUAUUGUAAAUUGUUUGGACCUUUGCAUCAAAAACAGUAGGAAGUACCUUGAAAUUAAUAUAAAUUACUUUGAAAACAAUUUCAAAAGGGGUCUUAGCCCCUUAACCCAACUUUGGGCAUGAACUCAACAUACUCAAACAACCCCCAUCUUUUCUUUAAGGAUCGAUGUUUACCAUCUGUUAGAACCCCUGUAGUAUUAAAGAUCUGACAUAUUUUAGCUGGUUUAUUAUAAUGUAUGUGUUUGUUUUAUCCUCAUAUGUGAAAGGGUUACAUUCAUUUCCAUCUGGCAAGGCUCCCUUUAUUUUAGUCAUAUCACAGUUAUAUCAUUUAAGUAUUCUUUGGCAUAAUAAGCAACAUACACAAACAUUCUUGCUGAUUUGAAUGAAAUAAUGAAGGAAAACAAACAGGAAAUAACCAUUAUAAUGAUGUACAUGUACUUGUAUAGUGCUUGACUUGCUUGAGGUGAAUACUUUUUUUUUUGUUAACGGAGAGGUGUCGAAACACUGUGUGUGUGCAUUUGUGUAUGUGAGGACUUCUUUUAAGAGAAUUUUUUAUAUUUUAGCACAAGAAGAUGUGCUUUUCUGUCCUUAUUAAAAAACAUAACAUUUAAACUUGACUGCAGCUACACGCACACAUUAGGUUUUGCAACCCCAACCAUAAGCUUUUAGCAUAAAUUACCGUUGAUGACCUAUAAGACGCAUGCCUUUUUAGAACCCUGAGCGCUUAUUAAGAACCAUUUUCCACUUUCAUCAAACUUGAUAAAAUCAGCAUAUUUAGAUUAUCAGUCAUGUAUAAAUUUCGAAUACCCAGUACUCUUGUCACUGUUACCCAAUACCUAGAUGGUAGCCCGUGUCAACAGUCUGCAACUGAACAAUCAGCGAUCAGUCUCUGCUAGAACAUAGGUUUAUACACCCUCUGGUGUGUAAGUCAAUAUAAUGGUCACUGAAAACAUGGCUUUAAUAACUGUAUACAAUUUUCCUCAAGCAGGUAACACAUAUAACUGUCUGAGCACGUGCGUUAUGCACUAUAAACAUAUGGUACCGAUGUAACACUUCAUAGGAAUAAAUUUGAGUAUCGGUAAGCAUUGCUCAAUCAGAAUCAGAAAAUAGACCCAUGAAAAGACCCAACCCUGAACAUCUUUCUAUUAGGGCAAGCGCGUCUAAUAGGACAUUUACUGCAUUUUGUUUUGGACUGUACAUGUAUUGUUUUAAUGCAAUUGAAUUGUUAAUGUCUAGUCAAGUUGUAUGUGUUUUAUACUUUUUUAACAUGUCAAUAUUGUGUCGUAAAUCUGUUUUGUCUUAAAAACUUUGGUCACCAGCGAUGAUCAAACUGCAGAUUAUGCCAAAUUAUGUUGAGUGUUUUAUCCCAUACAUUGUAUACUGGGUAAAUCGAUAUAACCUUGAAAAAGGAAUGCCCUUUUUUUCUGUUUUGGUGGAAGUGUGUUUAAACUCUGAAGGAUAGUAUUUCUAUGCGACAGAUAUAUUUUUCCAUGUUUACAUUAGAACAGAUAGUGAUACACCACUAUGUUAUGUAGAUGUUUGUCGCUGAAACGUGAACUUUAUAAGGUUAGAAAAUAAGGAAUUCAUAGAAUUGGGCAUGCAUUUCACAGUGACUAGGCAUUUUUGUGACACUAUUCAUGUACACUUACAAUUAUAGAUUUGUUUUAGGAAUAAUAAAAAUAGAAACAAG